ACACACACACACACACACACACAGAGGCAAGCCAUGUCGUCAACUACUACCGGCACCACUACCAGCGCCGCUCCAAACCCCUCGUCCCUCUCUCCCGCCGAAGCGAAAGGCACCGGGACUGGCACGGGGACAUUCACGCUCCUCCUCUUCGCCUCGGCGAGCACCUUCGCGGGCGGCCUCGAGACGCUGCGGUUCCCGGCCCCGACGACGCUGCGCGGGGUGUUCGAGGCGCUCGAGGCGCGCUUCCCGGGCAUGCGGGCCAAGGUGCUCCGCAGCGCCGCCGUGACGGUGAACCUCGAGUACGUUGACUUCGACCUCGACGCCGACGCCGACGCCGACGCGGGGGACGAGGGAGCACGGGGGGUCGGCGAUGCGCCAGACGAUAGGCGCGAAGAAGCUCGUGGGUCAGGCUUGGAUCUGGUGAUUCGCGACGGGGAUGAGGUGGGCAUCAUACCGCCCGUGAGCAGCGGGUAG